AUGUCGACUGUGGACUGUGCCUCCGCCAAGCAUGUUGCCACUGUUCAAAAUGAAGAGGAAGCCCAGAAAGGGAAGAACGACCAGAACGGAGAUGUGUUUCGCGAUGAGUAUAGGAUCAAACCGGUGGAAGAGGUCAAAUACAUGAAAAAUGGGGCAGAAGAGGAGCAGAAAAUAGCAGUCAGGAACCAAGAAAACUUGGAAAAAAUUGAGAGUUCAAAUGUAAGACUUAAAGCUAAUAAAGAGAUUCCAGGAUUAGUUCAUCAACCCAGAACAAACAUGUACAUCUCUGAAAGCCAACAAAAAUUCUUAAGAAUGUUUUAUGAAAAAAUUGAAAAGGGUCAAAAUUACUGUUUGGAAAAAGAAGAUACCACAUAG